UGUGUGUGUGUGACAUUACGGUAAAUUUAUAGAUCCGUCGGAGUCUUGGUUGUUUGCAAACCCAAAGAGCACUGCAAUGUAAAUUUAUCAAGAGAAUAAUCGGACGGCAUACCGAAGAUACCGCAGCAGAAACGCAGAAGCUCCUUUCAACCACACUGCUUCCUGACCUUCUCCAGGCUCAGUAGUGCUGGAGCCUCCGGCGUAUUUCAUCCUCUUCCUCAUCGAUUGUGACUCCUCUCUCCUCUCUCCUUCUGCAGAGGAAGCGCCUGCUGUCUGUAGCUCUGCUGUCCAGUACACCAAAGCAGACUGUUGGAAUGGCUGGUAAACCUCAUCCACCUCUGAUGAAGAAACACAGUCAGACCGAUCUGGUGAGCCGACUCAAAACACGCAAGAUCCUGGGUGUCGGUGGAGAGGAUGAUGAUGGAGAAGUGCAUAGGUCAAAGAUCAGUCAGAUGCUGGGGAAUGAGAUCAAGUUUGCGGUUCGAGAGCCUGUGGGACUGAGGUUAUGGAUCCUUUUCUCCGCUGUGGUUUUCACAGUUAUGGCCCUUAUGGCUCUAGCCUUCCCUAACCAGCUGUAUGAAGUUGUAUUUGAUCAAGAACAAACAGCCACCAGUGUCUCUAUACGUCUCUAUGGAGGGGCCAUUCUCAGUCUCUCUCUGAUCAUGUGGAAUGGCUUGUACACUGCUGAGAAGGUUAUCAUCCAGUGGACGUUACUUAGCGAGGCCUGCUACUUUGCCAUCCAGUUUUUAGUGACCUCCGUCACGCUGGUGGAACUGGGCUCUUUACCAAAUGCUGCCAUCCUCCUCCUCCUCAGUCGCGUAUUCUUCCUCACUGUCACGCUGUCCUACUACUACCAUCUGGGACGCCGGCCCAAGAAGAUCUGAGAGCCCUGCAAGCACCAUUACGACACACCUGGUGCUUGGGGAGUUGAGUGACGGGCCACUGGGCUGGAGUUUCCAUCAGAAGCUUUGAACAGUGACACAACCAACAACAUCAACCUGUUCACCUGGCGUUGAGCCUUACCGCAAGGACAACGCCAACCCCAAGGCCCUUAUUUUAAUUUCAGCUUACACACAACACAGGAGUUUACCUUUAGUGAGCAACUCAAUCUCUUUUUGUUUGUUUUUUUUCUUCUUCUCACAAUAUGGUCAAAUGAAUCGCAUUUUUAUUUCUGAUCUUUCUGCAGUCACAGUGUAGCUCUCCUCAUUCACCGUUUAUCGUGUAAAGUAUUGCACACUGUAGCCGAGCUUGGACUGCUGGCGUAAUUGUCUGUAGCUAUGGUAUCAACAAAACUGUAAAUCAUUUCAUGUAAUAAUGCCAAUGAGCUCCUAGUCAUGUGACGUGCGUGAGGUGGCUAGUAAACACUAGAUUGUGUGUUUUUACAUGCAGGUCAUUCAGAAUUUGAGCAGUAAAGACAUUGUUCCUGGUUGGUGUAUUUUGUAUCACUGCUGUAUUACUAGGAACAACCUGCUCUAUGUCGAAUGAUGGGAACGGUUAUGAAAAGCAUAGUUAUACUUUAUGGAUGACAGACGCAACAGGUUCAUUUGUUCAGUUAGUUGGUGCAUGGACUGUUUCAGGAACUUCACUUAAUGGGUUUGAACUAAUUAUUCACAUUUCAGAUAACAACUUUCGAUUUUUUCUUAGUGUCUAGUUUUUCAUUAAAAUGUCACUGUAUAUGAACAAGCAAGACCUUUUUUGUUUAAUUCCACAGAACAUGGUUGUGUAGCACAAUGGCAUGUUUCAUUCAUUUUAACAAGCAAUGUAGCAGUAUUUUCCCUCACUUUUCCCUAAUAUUGCCUUAAUAUGCUAAACUGCACAAGCGUUCCACAUGUCAGCACACUGCCAGGUGUUUGUAUUCUUCAAAUGAUCUGUGUAUAUAUUUUUGUUGAUUUGCAAUUCUGAUUAUUUAUUGACCUGCCCACAAGUUUUUGCAUAAGUUCAUUUAGAUUUUCUUUUAAGGUUUGUGGUAUAACUUGCAUGUUUAUUGUCUGAGUUGUUCCGUCCAGAAAUGAUCUUGUAUGCCCUUGAUAAGUCGUCUUGUGCGAGUUCUGCUGAGACAAACUGCAAAAUCAAAAUGAGCUGUGUAUGUAGUUACACGUUUGCUGCCUUGUGGAAUAUGUUUAGCAAGAACUUAUACGGUAAAUAUCUGUUGUUAAAUGUUGCAUAUGAGGCUACAGUGCUGUUGGUUGUUUUCAUAUAAGAUAGAAAAAAGCGUGUGUUUAUGUAUAGUAUGGGGACAAAAGUAGCAGUUACCAUUUGCAGGGUUUAAUUAGGUUCGCGUUUAACUCGACCCAACUCCAAACCUCUGCUAUACAUGGCUCAAAAUAGGUAAUAGAGAAGUUCAAAGGACCAGCCUGGUAGAGGCUCAUUUUUCUUUCACAAGCCAGUUUGAUUUCGUCUUUUUGUAGUCUUUACAUUCGAACAGCUCAUAGUUCAAAUCUCAGUACAAACCUUUCCUCUCACUGUCCUGUAGAUAUGUUUUCUUUGACAGAACCAACUAGUCCUAACUAGUAAUUCUGUACAGGCACGGCUGUUACUGUGUGUUCUUUUCCUCUCAUUAAAAAGCAAGCUAUCAUCCCUCUUAACACUCAUGCAGUUAAAUAUGAUGAUGGCAAAUGCCAAACAUGAAUCAUUAGUUAUUCACGUCUCCUGAUGAGAAUUGUGUUGCCAUGCAAUUAGAAAUAAUAUCCAGUUAGCUGCUAGUGGCUUCAGCUGUCUGAACUGUCUGGUAUACAUAAUGCCUCUGAAGGGAUGUUAGUGUACUUUUUAAAUGUGUGUAAAUAUUUUAUUGAAAGAUGUUAUUGUUAUGGACCUGCAUCGUUAUCUUUUUGGAAUAAAGAAAAGUUCAUUUA